AUAGCGUCGUAUCUCCGAAGGAAUCUCAUGCCAACAGCCGAAAAGUAUAGACGAUCACUUCGCAGAGGAGAAAUUUGGUUGCUGCACAUCAAACCAGGCUAUGCAAUAAGCACGAUUGAGUGUGAAUUCUCAUACAUGGAAUUGCAGGACAGAGAAGACUACACAGCUCUCUCAUACACGUGGGGUCAGGCGGCCCCCUCGAUCUCUAUACUGGUCAACGGAACCGUCACUACGAUCACAGAUAUCUCUACUUCGCGCUAUUACACCUUCGCAAGAGAGAAGUCACGAAAGUCUGGGUAGAUGCUCUUUGCAUCAAUCAAGAUGAUUUGGCUGAACACUCGUCCCAGGCCAGCCAGAUGGAUCAAGUAUACCGGAGCGCACACAUAGUCUAUGUGUGGCUAGGGGAAAGUAAUAAGCUGACGGAG